AGGAGGCUAAGAUGGCGGCCGCCUUGGCGGUUCGGGAAGUUUUCCUUUCUUCCAGCCUGUUCUUGGCUUUCCUUGUUUUGGCUGAGGUGCUUUUGCUGGCUCACGGCUCAGCUUUUAGCAUCACUUCUCCUUUCUGUCACCACCGCAUCCCCAGUGCCAGGGAGGUUAUUUACAAAGUUUAUCUUAAAGAAAAUCGAGUUAUGAAAAGAAACAUUAAUGAACAGCUAAGAAUUAAGACUGUAUAUGACAGAAGUGUUGAGGAAUUGCUCCCUGAAAAAAAGCACCUUAUAAAGAACAAGCUUUUCCCACAAGCCAUUUCUUAUUUAGAGAAGGCAUUUCAAGUUCGGAAACCUAUGGGUACUGUCCUGUUAAGUAGACAGUGUGUAACAAACCAGUAUUUAAGGAAGAAGGAUGAUCCUCACAGAUACUGUCGAGAAGCCUGUGCAGAAUAUACCAAGUGUGGUCCAGUUAUAGUACCUGAAGAACACCUGCAGCAAUGUAGGGUAUGUAAUAUAAAUGGAUGGAAUUGUCAACCUGUUGGCAAAGCAGACCAGGAAGGUGUUCGAGAUGCUGAUUUUGUACUGUAUGUUAGUGCUUUGACUACUGAAAGAUGUGGCCAAGAAAGUAUCAUCGCAUAUGCAGCAUAUUGUCAACUAGAAGCAGAUACGGACAGACCAAUUGCAGGAUAUGCUAAUCUGUGUCCAAAUAUGAUUUCAACCCAAGCACAGGAGUUCACUGGCAUGUUGUCUACAGUGAAACAUGAAAUUAUUCAUGCUUUGGGUUUCUCUGCUGGACUUUUUGCAUUUUAUCGUGAUGAUGAUGGAAAUCCUUUGACUGCUAGAUACGCAAAUGGAUUGCCACCAUUUAAUGAAAGCCUUGGUGUAUAUCAGUGGAGUGAUAAAGUUAUACGUAAAGCAGUAAGAUUAUGGAAUGUGCGAGAUAAUAACAUUUUUCAUCAUAAUAUAUUCCUUUUGGUAACUCCUAAGGUAGCUGAGGAGGCACGAAAGCAUUUUGACUGUCCAAUUUUAGAAGGAAUGGAACUUGAAAAUCAAGGUGGCAUGGGCACAGAGCUUAAUCAUUGGGAGAAACGGUUAUUGGAGAAUGAAGCAAUGACUGGAUCACAAACACAGAAUAGAGUCUUCUCCCGGAUUACUCUGGCAUUAAUGGAAGAUACUGGCUGGUAUAAAGCCAAUUACAGCAUGGCAGAAAAACUAGAAUGGGGUCGAGGAAAAGGCUGUGACUUUGUGAUGAAAAGCUGCAAGUUUUGGAUCAAUCAGAGACAGAGAAAAAAAGAACCAGUAGCCCCAUACUGUGACACUCCGAGGAGUAAUCCAUUACAAUUAACCUGCAGGCAGGACCAAAGAGCAGUAGCGGUGUGCAAUUUGCAGAAGUUCCCUCAACGGUUGCCUCAGGAAUAUCAGUACUUCGAUAGUCUGUACGGUGUGUUGCCAGAAGAUUUGCCUUAUUAUGGUGGGUCCGUUGAAAUUGCUGACUACUGUCCUUUUAGUCAGGAAUUUAGUUGGCACUUAAGUGGUGAAUUUCAGCGCAGUUCAGAUUGUCGGAUACUGGAGAAUCAACCAGAUCCUUUCAGAAACUAUGGUGCAGAGAAAUAUGGGCCAAAUUCCAUUUGCCUCAUUCAGAAAUCAGCUUUUGUUAUGGAACAAUGCAGAAAGAAACUGAGUUACCCUGACUGGGGUAGUGGGUGUUAUCAGGUUUCUUGCUCUCCCCAUGGGCUGACUGUUUGGGUCAAGGACAUGGCAUAUUUGUGUAGUCACACAGGUCAAAUUCUCACAGUGAAUAUUCAGAUGAAUGGAUGGGUACAUAUUGGGAAACUAGUUUGCCCAGCAUGCUUGGAUUUCUGUGAUUUCUGUCCACCUGAGCAAGAUCCCCCUCCAAUUGCUAAUUUAACAAGAGUUGCACCUAUUGAUUUGUGUUCUUGUUCUCCCAGCCUGGUAAUAACCCUAUGGCUAUUGAUGGUGAACUUGCUUCCACUACUAACUGGAUUUCUUCUGUGUGCAUGGAGUUAAAAUGUGCAUGUUGUUUGUCAAAGGUCCCCUACAGCUGAGUACAUCUUGAAGGCAGUUAUCCAGAAGAGCUGUCACAUCUUCUACCUUUUGCAAGGAGUCCAGCUAGGAAAUGCUGACUAAGAUGGAGGCAACGCAUACAAGGUUAUCUUAAUGAAGAGUUAGUGUUGACUGAAAUGUAUAAUUUUUACAUUGAUAACAAAUUUGGAGGAACAAAUUUGCCAGUACUUUAAUGCCUUCUGUUGCCACUAUUCUGGAUGAACUUUUAAUUAUGUGCAAUUCCCUAUGAUAUAAUUUUGUAGUUGGGUUUUUGUUUUGGCAUCUUUAGACAAAGAUAUACCUCAGUUUCCUUUAGUCAAAAGCCAUAAAAGUCAGUUGCCAUUACUGUCAAGAACAACUCUCCAUUACGUAUAGAAUUCAAAAAGAGCUAGCUUCUUGGCUUUGGUGUAAAGAUGCUUCCAGAAUUACUCUGUAGACCCUGGGGAUUCCGAGUUGUUUCUUCUAUGAAGUUUCUGCUGCUCUGAAUGAAAACAUUUGUAAUGAUAUCUUCAUUUUAACAGUAAGCAAAACUAUUAUUUAAUGGCUUUUUUUCUUCAAAGGCUAGAAUCAUAAGUAUACUUGGUGGGAUGCAAGCUCCCUUGAACUCAGUUGCACCCAGUAUUUCUGAGUAACAGCAUUUGGUUGGGCUACAUACUUUGUUUCUUACAAGAUAAUUUGAAGAAUUCAAUUGUCUUCAUCCAUAGAUGUUUUCCUUGCAUUAUGAAACAUGCAAAGAUUGAUAACCUAGUAUAAAUCCCCCCCAGAUACCCACCCCACCCCAGUUGACCAAAAAAGAUUGAAAUGAUGACAGAUUUCACCAUUAGGUUGUAGGGCACAAUGCUUAAGGAAAAAAAUAGUAGUGAUAGCAAUUGGAAAACGUAACAGAUAACAUAUGGAUUCCUUUGGGGCAAAAAUAGAGAGUUCCAUUACCAAGGGACCCCAUUUGGCUAUUGGAUGAAAGAGCAGUUAACCUCAAUAUUUAUGCUGGGGAUACAAAGACUUAAAUAUACUGUGGAGUCCUUGGUGCUCUGUGAGCUUUGUUGUUUACUUGCAGAUGCUUCAUUACCUGACUAGGUAACAUCAUCAG